AACACAAAGCGAUACAAAAGCGUUUCCUUGCUCGUGCCACAUCUAUUGAAAGAGUGUCAAAGCAAAAUCCCAAGCAACGUCAAAGCAUCGUUAGCUGAAAAGGUAUUUUAGUAAAGGCGUGAAUAGUGAGAGGAGACCAACAACUCAACAACUCCCACAACCCAGCGCUCAUCUGCUGCUAACCAACGCCAACACUUCCCCGACGUCGAUAGAACUCUGCUAGUCUCAGACCUUCUAUUCUCUUCCAUUUUCACAUCAAACUACUAGCUCGUUGACUCUACCCACUCCCCCUUUACAUAUUACUAUGCCUCCAAUUACUCGUCGUGCUGCCCGUGAGGCAAGAGAAGCGAGAGAAAAGAAUUAUUACUUGAUAUGCACUGACGUCGACGGUUCGAAGGUUGAGAUAACUUUCUCUGCCACCGGCGAAGGCACGCAUACGAGGUGGCACUACCCAGACCCCCCUGCCAGAAAGCAGACGCCCAUAGCCGAACAACCAGAGCGCAAUUCACCUUCGAUUCCAUACCCCCUCACAGAAUACGACUGCUUCCCAGAUCCAUUGCAGCGAUCUCUGUCCGAGAUGGCAAAUCCAAUCGAACGUCAUUCGACUCCCCCUCGUGGAAGUUCAGGUAGCCAGUGGCCUCAAACUCCACUUCCCCAGCGCACCUUCGACGCUGGCUCCGUCAUCAGGACGCCUGUAAAGAAACUUCAACGCAGUCCCGACCGCAUCGGUUGGAAUGGCGUUAACUUCUGGAAAGAGGACGAAAGUGGCGUAUUGUCGGGACGAAUGUACGUAGAUGAAGAAUCCGGGUCCAUCCGCUAUGUCCCCAACCACGCUGCUGCAGAAAACGUCGACAUGACUAGGUCCCAGGUCGUCGAACGUCAGCUUCUGG